AACCCUGGAGAAACAUGGUUCCUUCGUUCUUCUAUUUAUUCUUUUCUUCCUGUCAAUGCGGAAACGUGAGAGGUGAGACUUGCUAGCCCCGCUCACCGUGUCCAGCCAUCCUUGCCGGGCUGCCCAUGCUGUCCCGCUCUAAUGCUCCAUUCUACCGGUUACUCCACUUAGCGGCCUAGACCCAUUAAACCUUAGUCAGCCGCAGGAUUUUACAGGGCAUAAAAUAAAUGACGCACGGAUAACUUCAGGUAUGUAUCCUGAUUGCUUCACGUUUGGGAGUAUUCUGAGAAAUUCAUUUGGAUGUUAUAGAGUCGAUGGACUUGUGAUUAUUGGCAGUAUACAUGGCAUCAUUGUUCAAUUAGGGUAUGAGUCUAAUAAUGUGCCUAUUGGAUCUCUAGUUGAUGCCUAUGUGAAGUAUGGGAACGUAGCUGGUGCAAAUCGUCUUUAUAGAAGUAUGAAGAAGAUAGAUAUCAUAUCAUGCUCUGCAUUAAUUAUGCGAUAUGCUCGUCAAGUUAAAGGCAUUGAUGAAUGCAUGAAUCUCUUUUUUGAGUUGAACCGAUUGCACGUGGAAAUUAAUAGUGUAAUAUUGUGCUCAAUGCUUAGUUUGUGCUCUAAAUCAGCAUUAUUGAGUCUAGGAAGGCAGGUGCAUACUCUUACGUUGAAAUAUCAAAAUAAACAUGAUGUAGCCUUGGGAAACUCUUUGAUUGCCAUGUACACAAAAGCAGGUGAGAUUGAGGCUGCUAAGAGAAUUUUUCAUUCCAUGGAAGAGAAGAAUGAAAUCUCAUGGACAUCAAUGAUAUCUGGAUAUGGUGUGCACGGCCAUACUGAGAACGCAAUUUCUCUUUACAAGAAGAUGGAACUGCAAGGAAUUUAUCCAAAUCAUAUCAUGGUCUUGUCCCUUUUCUCUGCGUGUAGUCAUACUGGCUUGACUUCUCAAGGCUGGGAGUUCUUCCACAAUAUGGUUCGAAAAUAUAAGAUUUGCCCAUCGUCGAAGCACUAUGCUUGCAUGGUAGACCUUUUGGCACGUGAGGGUUGUUUGGAAGAAGCCCAUAGUUUGAUAUGUAGGGAGAAAGUUAAUCCGAGUGCCUCUCUUUGGGGAUCACAUCUUGGGGCGUGUAGUGUGCAUGAACAUAUGCAUCAUGGAGAGUUAGCAACGAAGAAUUUAUUUAUUAUGAACCCCCAAGAGCCUGCCAACUAUGUUGUCUUGGCUAACAUAUACGCAUUGGCAGGUUUAUGGCGAAGGGCCGCCGAUACACGGGAAUUGAUUGUUAAUAGGAGGUCAUGGUAGAAUCCUGGUCAUAGUUUUGUCCUGUCAAACAAUAUCACUUCUUCCCGCUGGUUGGUAUAAAGGUCUGUGAGGAUUUCAAUGUAUUCGAUUCCAGAUAUGUUAUUUUUAUGCAUUUAUACAUCGUGCUUAAUGAUUGAGCAUUUGAACUGCCUUUAGCAGUUAGCUUAUUCAGAGUAUAUCAUUUUCAUUUUCAUUUACCUACGAUGGGGUAAGCGGAGGUCGGAUGUACGCAGGCUUGCCCCUGUACUAAAGCUCAGAGAGAUUGUUUCCGGAUGACUCAUAGUGAAAAUCGCAUCCAAAAUUGCAUGGACUAACUGCUACUUCAUAACAAAGAAGCGCAGACAAUUUAGUGAGCCAUUUUGCGUUAUUCCAUCAUAUUGUCAAGCCAAAAUAUAAUAAAUCUUUGGCUCCAUUGCAAGUGAUGGAAAAGAAAAAGAAAGGAUAAACUCAUAAAAGGCCAGAGCUAAGGAGCACCUUGACUUGUUUAAUGUUGCUGCUAGUCAACCUAAAGUUCCAUCUCGUAAAUUAUCUCUUUGUGUUUACAAAUGCCAAAUGUAAUAUAAUGGUCUGGUGACUGGUGUGGAUCCAAAUCAAUAUUGUGUGAGUUCUACAACGCUGGGAAAUGUACAAAGGAUUUCAAGUGGAAGUUCUCACACGAUCUGAAUAUACAAAAAAAGGAGAGAAGAUUGUCAUUUGCAUAUAAAUGUGAUCAUGUAAAAAAGAAAUAGCGGAGGAUCUGGAGUUUGGGGCCAAGAGACUUUUGAGGAGUUUGUGGCAUAAAAAGUGAGGAGUACAGCAAGAACCAAUCAAGUUUCAGGGUUUGUAAAUACUUUUUGGAUGCUGAGGAGAAGAAAUGAAUGGAUGGUUUUGGGUCUGUCGAAAUUGUGGUAAACACUGUCACUAUAGAUAUACUCUUCCUCCAGGGUAUGUUCUGAAAUCAAUGAGGAAUAGAUUAAUAUUUUGAAAGCAAUGGUCUGCAAAAUAUGGAAGGGUAAGUUUUAGAGUUGUAAUGUACUUCAAAACGCUAAUGGAAAACAGUUCAGUUUUCAGCGUUUUGGAUUUUGUGGAGAAAUUGUGGCCACAAAAUGGAGCAAGAGCUGGAGAUGCAGUGAGAUCGCGGGCAAGAUCCAUGGGUUGAACUACCUUUAGGCAGAUUGAUUGAAAAAGGUGCACUGAGGAAUGAUUGGGCAGGCCGUAGAUGGGGGUUUCUUCCAGCGAUGGAGUGCAGGCACGACAGAAACGUUGAUGUUUGUGUUUUGAAAUAACUCCCAGCUAAAAUUGUCUAAAAAAAAGUUAAUCCCACUUAGUUAUAUGAAUAUGUAUCUUUUGUUCAUAAAAAAGGUUUUCACACCUUACCUAAUAUUAGCAACUAGCUUUUCAGCCAUUAUUUUCACGAAUGAAUGUUUUUGGCUAAAGGGUCAAAUAGGCCCUUGAACUGAC